UUAUGAAACACCUUCACAGGGAAUUCAGUGACAGACAAUCAAACGAGCACCUGCAACUUUCCGAGGUUCAUUCAUGGCUGACAUUUUUAUUGAAUGGAGUGCGCAUGCGUUGGGGAAACUUCCGAUACCAACUUCCUCUGAACAUAUGCAAGAGAGAAGUGUUUACAUGUCAGUAGGACAAAACAGAACUAAAUAUCACAACCUUCGUUAGUGCAGAACAUUAUAUUCAUAAUUCGAGUCAGCGUUAUGGACGUGCUUCGGCCGCAGAUUGUUAUGGUUGCAAACAGAUGUUACAGAAAAAAUCCAAUUCAGAAAAACGAAAUCAACACGGCAGAAGAGGACAUUUACACAGAUGAUGUCAGCAGCUGUGUGUACAACGACGAGGUAUGCGAUGCCUUCAGCAAUAUUGAAGAGACAGACAGUGGCUACCGGGUAGCGAUGAACAUACCCAGUGCAUACUUCAAGUUCAUCAUCGGGAAGAAGGCAGAGAGCAAGAAGAGGCUAGAGAUGGAGACGCGGACACAGAUCCGGAUCCCCAAGGCAGGACAGGAGGGAGAAAUUGUUAUCCUUGGACAUGACAGGAAGGGUGUGAGUUCUGCCAAGACACGGAUUGACUUGAUCGUGGAGUCUGCCCGCCAGAAGCAACCAUUCACCCACUUCCUCUCUAUCUGCGUCAACGGCAUUGAGCACUCUUUUGUUGACUUCAAAACUGAUGUCCUCCGCGAGUGUGAUGGAGAUCGAGGCCUGGAUGCCAGCCUCUUCCAGAAUCCAAAGAAGCUUCACUUGACCCUGGGGACACUGGCUCUUCUCAACGAUGCCGAGAUUAGGAUGGCUACAGAGCUGCUGCAACAGUGCAAGGAGGACCUCGUCCAGCCAAUACUGAAGGGACAGAAGUUAAUGGCUCGGGUUCAGGAUCUGGAAUACAUGAAUGACGAUCCCAACGCUGUCGAUGUCCUGUAUGCUCAGAUACAGGUGACUGAUGGCUCCGAUGUUCUUCAGAUUCUGUGCGACCGACUGGUGGAAAAGUUCAGUGCAGCUGGCUUGAUGCCUCGACAGUUUGAGAGAGUCAAGCUCCAUGUGACGGUCAUGAACACGCUGUUCCGGAAAGACCCGAGUGGGACCGCCAAGGCCGAAGUGAUGGAGUCCGGGAGGAAUGUCAGGGAGCGGGAAUCGUUUGAUGCUGCAGGGGUUUUAAGGAAAUUUGGAAAGUAUGACUUUGGUCCUCAGGAAAUUGCCACCAUUCAUCUUUCACAGCGCUACUCAACUGGUCGAGACGGCUACUACGACUCUGUGGGGUCUAUCUCUUUACUCUAGUGUAAAGUGAGACUACUCCAUAGUCUGAAGACCCGUGAAGAUCCGGGGUAGAAUGGGUCUUCAGCAACCCAUGCUUGCCAUGAAAGUCGACUAUGCUUGUCGUAAAAGGCGACAAACGGUAUCGGAUGGUCAGGCUUGCUGAUUUGGUUGA